CGCCAUCAACAACUAUGACUGACUUCUCGAGCCGCCUCUCCAAUCUCGCGUCGUCGGGCGCUUUGUGGGCGCCAAAGCUGGUCAGCUCCGAGAGCGAGGAGGCCGCCUUCGGUUUCUCCAGCUGGAACGUCAAGGCGCAGGACUCGAGCCGCGCGAGCGCCGGCGCGCCGCCGCUCCAGACGGACCUCUCCUCCGACAUGCAGGCCUUCCGCGAUCUGGCGCCGGCGCUGACGCCUUACAUCGCGUCCGAAGUCGGCCCGAGGCCGGCCAAGUAGAGGGGCCGCGUCACUCGUGCAUGGUUGCGCAAGGCACAACUCCCGGGAGCAUCCCCUUGUGUGUGCGCGCCGUUUUUGUGCCGCGCACGCCACGAGUGUACUUUAGGAGCGCGGCAGGACUCUCCUGAGGAGCUGGGUCGGUGCCGCGAGGUGCGGCUGCGAACUUGGCGCGAGCUUGUGCGUAUCCCCAUUGUGCUGUUUCGAGAGAGCGACUGUGUAUGUGCGCGCGUGUGGGUGUGCCGUGGCGACCCACGCAUCGAUCAUCGGGCGUGCUUGCAUUCAGAGACAAGUGCUGGCAGGCUUUCAUCAUAUAUAGAAGACAGUCUUGACAAAAGAAA